UUUUUUGGAGAUGGAUUUUAGAGCUUUUGAUUUUAAUAGGGAUAGUUAUCAGCCGAGUGGGUUUAGUACGGAGGGGCUUGCUGAGGAGUUUGUGAAUUUGGGAGACUCUGAGCCUAUUAAAAUUAAUCUCAAGAAUAGCUACUGCAAAUUCACUGAGGAAGAAAAAAUGAUGAUUGUCAAUAGUCUCAAUGAAAACACAAAGAAAGGACUUAAGAAAGGAAAGAGGUUCAAUAAGAUAGAUGCUGAUUUUCUCACCAAAAACGCACUCUUUUUCAAAUAAGUUUGAAAAGAACAGAAGGAAACUGAAAAUACAAAAUACUAAAGACUUUGACAAAGUCCUCUCUUCCUCUUAUACAAGUAAAAAUCUGAAGGGCUUCAAUGAAUAUAUUGGAAAUCGAAUUUUGAAUUCCCAGCUUGAAAGAAGGAAGUUCCUUCAGAAGAAACUCUCAGGCAAAAUCUCUCCAAAAAUGAUAUAAAAUCUAUAAUAAAUCAACAGAAAAAUAAGGAAGUUUCCAAUGAGAAGACCACUCUUGGUCCUCACACAACUGAGGACUUUAGCAUGAUGAAGCCAGUCACAGAGAUUAAGAACAUUGGAGAUGCUAAUGAAUGCAAACCAGGAACUUCAACUGCAAAUUCUGAUUUAUGGAAGUAUAAAAACUUUAAAUUUCCAAGUCCUUUUUCAGAAGGAUGCAAUAAGGUUAUUUCUUUCAACAUAAAUAAGAAGAGCAAGAAGAGAGAUAUCUCCGCAGAUGAUAUCUAUGAGAUCUUUGGGAUUCAACCUAAACAGUCUCAAGACUCUUUCUUUAACAAGAUAAAGGUAUCCCAGAGUGCAAUUAUUGAUGACUCAGGGAUGUUGUCAAAAAGGCUUUAUAGAAAUUGGAAAACUCCUAUUUCUAGGCCAAAUUUGGAGCAUAAUUGAACCAAUGAUGAGAGAAGUGAAUCGAAGAUGUCUCAUAGUGUAAUUCAGAGACGAAGAGAUCUCAGUUUUACUCAAGAUAGAUUUAUAAACAGAGCUGAUCAGGAGGUAGAGCAAGCAAUGAAAAUGCCGCAUCUCAAAGCUUCUACAAGUAAGAAGAUAAGACAAUGAAAAUCUGUUACAAAAGGUUCUUUGAACAGGGUUAGAUCUAAACUAAAUGGCAGUUGUCGUUCAAAAGGAACUAAUGGCAAGAAAAGAGAUAGUUUACAAAGACAUCACUGAGAUAAAAUCUUUCAUCGCCUCAAGAGAUGCAAUAUUUUUCAAGGAAGAUGAAUCUCUCCAAUGGAGGCUAGAGCUAUUUACCUACGAGAUAAGAUCAAAAGUAAGGAAGAGGAAGCUAAAACUCCGACUCAUGGUAUUUUUAACAGCUCUCCAAAUUCACCAAUAAAGGCGACUAGUUCUAGUCCUUUCAUUAAUGCUCUCAACUAAUAUAUUUCUGUGAUCAA